GUAACCCGUCCGACUCCCAUUGAGGUCUCAAUUACCACGCACGCCAUUGCCCGAACCCAGGUGUAGAUUGCGUAUUAAGCAGAAGGCAAUUUGAGGACAGGAGGCAGUACACCCUGUGCAUAGAGUUGAGGAGGCCUAAAACCAGGGAGCAUGCCAUCGAGACGUUGCGCCCUUGAAGACAAAGCGCGACGAUGAGGACAUCCGCACCUCGGGAGAGAAGGGAUUCAUGCAGCAAUAGGAACAAGUUGCAGAAGAAUUCGCAAGGCGAUUACAGGGCUCUCGGCAGGGAUGUGCUUGAAGGGCCCUACAAAGCUCAAAGUUGACGAGGCGUGGCGUGGCGAGGCGUGGCGAGACCGUUUGUGGGGCAAGACCCAUAUGAGACAUAAUGUUUUGGAACUGGACAAGUACUGCAAUCAACAGGCACUGCGGCGGUGAACACCCUCGGAGAAGAUGGCACGAAAGCGUGUCAGUUGCGAUGAGGAUUUGCAAGAAUGCUAAACGGGCGAGUCACUCAUGGAUACGCGUCGUGUUUAGUAUUACCACUUUAUGAUAAGGACAAACUACGGGUCCACCUUGCUCGCAGGCGCGGUCCCCUCUCAAAUUUCUUCUCGCGAACUUUUGCACUUCAACUCGUUAAGCGCUAUUUAUUAUAUGAGAGGAAUCACUGGCAAUUACUUCAUAAGAGCAAAUGUAGCUAUGCGCUCCUCGGCUGCCGCUGUUGAAAUGAGGGCAAAUUGCGGCGUUUAGCCAUGCUGGAACAUGACUUGUGUAGCCUGCACCGGGCGAUUGGCGAUGCCGCUUCCGGAAUGCCGAUUCCUCGCCGCAUUGACAGGGCAGGCCAGGCUGGCAGCGCCGCAGCUGUGACAAGCAGCGGCAGCGAUAACGGCUGUAUACGCUUACCCGGCGGGAAGUUACCGCCGCUGUCGACCACGCAGCGCGUCACAGGAACGAUGCAGCACCAUGCGGCAUGCACACGGGGGGGUGCAGCGGCCCAGCGCCUGCGGCACCUCAUGCGCCUCCUGUUGGCGCUGGCGCUGCUGCACCUGCUGCCUGGCGCAGCAGCACAGAUGUGCAGUGGGACCACCUGGGUCGGCGGCGGGUCGCCCUACUACGACUGUAACUCCGGCGGAACCACCAUCUAUGCGGCCAGCUCCACCAUCGCAAGUUCGUCGCUCAAAGGCAACCUGAGCGGCCCGCCGGACUUCGCGGUGGGGGCGACGUGCAUCCCAUCUGGCCAGCCCAGCGCCACAGUGCAGGCGCAGACUGUGUAUGCGCAAAACAAGCAGUCCUCCGGGGGUGUGGACAUCACCUUCGCCGGCGGGCUGUUCGCGACCUCGGUGGGGCUGCUGGUAGUCAGCUGCCAGCAAGGCUUCAUCCAGGCAGGUCUGACGCUGAAGCUGCAGAACAGCAGCACGGUGACGACCUCGUGCGCGCGGGAUGGGUGCACAAACCCAGCCACCUGCCUGGGCACAGCUGCAUACUGGUACACGUGCAACGUGACCGCCAGCCCCUCGCUGCUUUUCGUGACGGGAAUGAGCGUGACGCUGGGUGACAACCCGCUCAGCAACAGCGACUGGAAGGUUGUCGACGCGGCGCGCCUGGUGGGUUACACGUACUACAGCCCACCGCCACCGUUACCGCCGUCACCACCACCGUCACCACCGCCCAGCCCUCGCCCUCCCAGCCCCGCGCCGCCAUCGCCGAUGCCUCCCAGCCCCGAACCGCCCAGCCCGGCGCCCCCCAGCCCCCGGCCGCCCUCCCCAGCGCCGCCCAGCCCACCGCCGCCCAGCCCCGCACCUCCCUCUCCAAUACCGCCGUCCCCAGCACCUCCGUCCCCUGCGCCUCCCAGCCCUGUUCCACCCUCACCGCCGCCGCCCUCGCCUGCGCCGCCUAGCCCCGCCCCGCCGAGCCCUGCACCGCCGUCGCCUGCUCCUCCCAGUCCGGCGCCUCCCAGCCCCCCGCCGCCCAGCCCCGUUCCGCCCAGCCCAGGGCCGCCCUCGCCUGCCCCUCCAAGCCCACCCCCACCCAACCCCGCACCUCCCUCACCCAUGCCUCCAAGCCCGGCUCCUCCAAGCCCGGAGCCACCAUCGCCCGCCCCGCCAUCCCCGGCCCCACCCAGCCCACCUCCACCUUCGCCGGCCCCACCCAGUCCCGCGCCUCCUUCUCCGGACCCACCGAGUCCAGAGCCUCCAUCGCCCGCGCCGCCGAGCCCCGCCCCUCCCUCUCCAUCCCCGCCCUCACCGGCACCGCCAAGCCCUCCUCCACCCUCGCCCGCGCCCCCUUCGCCGAUGCCUCCCAGCCCUGCGCCACCCAGCCCGGCACCGCCCAGCCCGGAGCCUCCUAGCCCAGCUCCUCCAAGCCCAGCGCCGCCAUCCCCCGCGCCGCCAUUCCCAGCCCCUCCCAGUCCGGCCCCGCCCUCACCCUCGCCGCCAAGCCCGGAGCCCCCGUCGCCUCCCUCCCCGUCCCCGCCGCUUCCUCCGUGGCCCGCGCCGCCAAGCCCGGAGCCUCCUUCUCCUGCGCCUCCAUCCCCAGCUCCUCCAAGCCCUGCGCCCCCUAGCCCCUCGCCACCACCUCCGGCCCCUCCCUCGCCAGCGCCUCCUUCGCCAGCACCUCCGUCGCCGGCACCGCCAUCGCCGGCGCCACCGAGCCCAGCGCCGCCCAGCCCGGAACCUCCAAGCCCUGCGCCCCCCAGCCCUGAGCCGCCCAGCCCAGCUCCGCCAUCGCCACCACCCAGCCCGUCCCCACCCAGCCCGACGCCUCCCAGCCCCGCGCCACCAAGCCCAGCACCGCCCUCGCCGGCCCCUCCUUCGCCCAGGCCACCCAGCCCGGAGCCACCGUCACCGGCUCCUCCGUCGCCCGUGCCUCCCUCGCCAGCACCGCCCUCCCCAGCGCCACCCAGCCCACAGCCUCCAUCCCCAUCGCCGCCACUGCCUCCGUCGCCGUCACCACCUUCGCCACCUCCGCCAUCGCCAGAUCCACCGAGCCCUGCGCCGCCUUCGCCAGCGCCGCCGUCUCCAAUGCCGCCCAGUCCGGAGCCGCCAAGCCCCGUACCACCAAGCCCCGCCCCUCCCAGCCCAGAGCCGCCUAGCCCUGCGCCGCCUUCUCCUGCUCCCCCAAGCCCUGAUCCGCCCAGCCCAGCUCCGCCGUCGCCCCUUCCGCCCAGCCCUGCACCGCCUAGUCCCACGCCGCCUUCGCCAACACCACCAAUCCCAGAGCCCCCGUCGCCAGCGCCGCCCAGCCCUGAGCCGCCAUCGCCAAUCCCGCCCUCACCCGCACCGCCAAGCCCCCUCCCGCCGUCGCCCGCGCCGCCUUCGCCGAUGCCUCCAAGCCCGGAGCCCCCUUCGCCCGCACCACCCAGCCCAGAGCCGCCCAGCCCUGCGCCCCCAUCUCCACUCCCUCCCUCCCCUUCUCCGCCAUCGCCCGCACCGCCUAGCCCUGAUCCACCUUCGCCGGAACCUCCCAGCCCAGCCCCACCUUCUCCGCCAUCUCCGGCACCGCCCAGCCCGGAGCCCCCCAGCCCUGCUCCACCCUCGCCCGAUCCUCCAAGUCCGGAGCCACCGUCGCCUGCGCCGCCCAGUCCUGCGCCUCCUUCGCCGUUGCCACCCAGCCCCGCUCCUCCCAGCCCGGCCCCACCCAGCCCGCAACCACCAUCCCCUUCGCCCCCAAGCCCUCCGCCGCCGUCACCGGCACCGCCAAGCCCGGAGCCGCCGUCACCGGCUCCUCCCAGCCCGGGGCCGCCUAGCCCGGUUCCUCCCAGCCCGGCUCCUCCUUCACCCACACCACCCAGCCCACAACCGCCCUCGCCUCCUCCCAGCCCGGUGCCUCCCAGCCCGGAGCCGCCAAGCCCUCCACCUCCCAGCCCCGCGCCACCGACGCCUCCCAGCCCUGCGCCGCCUUCGCCCCUACCUCCGUCACCACCUCCUCGUCCGCCCUCGCCGCCAUCUCCGCCCCCGUCCCCCUUCCCGCCGCCCGCCGCUCCCACUGCACCGAGCCCACCGCCUCCCGCCCCACCGCAGCCCUCGCCUCCUCCCAGCCCGCCUCCCAGCCCCGCACCGCCAUCCCCGCGGCCGCCGUACCCGCCGCCGCCGCCCUACGUGCUGCCCGCCGUCACCAUUCCGCCCGAUUACAUGCUGCCUGAGGACAACACAACGACUGCAACCGCCAGCGGUUUCCUGACCGUAACCCAAACGGUCUCGGUGCCAACCAGCGCAGCCCCAUCCCUGGGAGCUCUCACGGCGCUAUUCCCAGGAGCUCAGCAAGUCAACGUGACCGGGGAAACGCUGUCGGUGCCCGUGCAAGUGACUGCGACAGCCGCGAUAGACGCGACCACAGCCACUGCUACAGCCAGCUUUGUUAGCAGCCGCACCGGGCAGGUUGUGAACGUGGUGGUGGGAUGCAACUCGGGGUUUCUGGAGGCGUUCAGGUCGGAGCUUGUGGCCAGGGCCAACAUCAGCGAUGAGGUCCUGGCCAACGUCACGUGCAGCAGCAAUGGUGGCAGUGGCAGUGGCGGUAGCGCUUCUGGAUCUGGGGGUGUGGAUACAAACGUCCCCGGCCGGCGAUCCUUACGCAACACGACGCCCGAGCGACGCAGGCGUGUUGCGGCCAUCGACGCCACCCGGGAUCAGCCACCCCAGCAGCAACAGCAUCUAGCAUCAUCGGUAGCAACCGCAGCAGCAGCAGCGGGCGACUAUUAUGACUAUGAAGCCGGAUUCCCCGCGCGUGAUGGUGCUUCGGCCGCGAAUGUUGACCUGAGCGCAGGUGCAGGCGUGGACAUGCUGCCGACGGGCCGUGAACUGCUUCAGGCCACCACCACAGCCGCAACCACAGCCGCUUCGGCUACCAGCAGCACCACCAACGGCAUGUGCCCUGCCCCGGGCUCCAGCAACAGCAGCAGUCUGCAGCUGGUGGCGGUGUUGAAGCUGCCGGCUGCGGAGCUGAACAACACAGACUUCUACAAGGCGCGGCUGAGGCAGACGCUGGACGCCUGGGCGGCGGAGGCGGCGGUCGGCAACGGCACGGCCGGCGGCGGCCUGCUGCUGUGCGGGCCCGCGAGUGACAGUGACAUCACGUCCACGACGCAGGUGACGGUGUCACGCGAAGUGGCCCUGACGGCGGCGGGGACGACGGCGCUGGCUAGCGUGUGUGGCUCCAGCAGCUUGACAAUCACCAGCGCGCUGGGCGGUGCGGGAAGCUCCGUGGCGUGCCAGGUGGUAACUCUGGCGGCCGCCGGCGGGGCGGAGCUGCCGCCAGUACAGGGCGGCACAACGCAGGCUUCGCCCGACUCGGGGCCGGCUGCCGCUCCGGCCGGAGCCAACAAGGCAGGCGUGCCAAUGGCAAUCAUAAUUGCGGCCGCAGCCGUGGGCGCAAUGGUGUCCGCGGCGGCGUGCGCGGUGGCGGCCGUCGUGGUGGUGCGCCGGAGGAAGCGGAAGCGCGAGGAACGGGAGCCGGGUGUGUCCGUCAAGCACCUCGGCCAAACGCCGACGGCGGCGGCGCAGCGGCCCAGCUCUGCGCCGCCUGCAUCCGGCAACGAGGACUUUUGGGUCAGCUGGCAGCCCAUGCCGGUGCCGGCGGCACUCGCAGGCGCCGCCGCCGCAGCAGCAGCGGCAGGCGCCGCGGGCGGCGGCACGCCCGGCGCGGAAGGCAACCAGCUAGCGGCCGGCAACAACGCGUUAGCAGCAGCGGCGGACGCGGAAGCGCGCCGCGAAGGCGUGGUGUCGCCGCGGAGUGUGGUCGCGUACUUUGUGCCGCAUGACGAGGCCGGGCGUAGCCUGGCGGCGCCGAUCGAGGAGGAGGAUUGGGAAGAGGAGCGUGCGCGGCUGUCGGCGCCCGCAUACGAUGCAGCGGCCGUUGCGGCGACGGGCGCACCAGCGGCGGCGCUGGCUGCUGGUGGCGGCAAUAUGGCGCGCGCGAGCGCUGCUGGCAUUGAUGACGCGCGUGCGUCGUCGCAGCAGGCACCGCGCCGCAGCUUCGCUGCGUUGAUGGAGAAUGCCUUCCGCAAGGCGCUGUCGCUGUCGUCGUCGCGGCCGGGGAGCGCCAAUGGCGGCGUUGGCGGCGGCGACUUGAAUGGCGAUGGCGGCAGCGCCCGCACCACAGCGAGAGGCGGCGACGGCGGCGGCAUUGGCCUGAUGGGUCAGGACGUGGCCCCUCAGCACUUCUCCGGCAGCGCCGCCGUUGCCGGGUCCGCCGCCGCCGGGGCUGCCGCUGCUGCAGGGGCACUGUCAGGGCUGAGCGCGGUGGCAACGGGCGGUGGCGAUGGCCUGCGCCGGCGCUCUUCCUACAACACAGCGGAGGGUGCGCUGGCGCUGCAGCGGCCGCCGGCCUUGCGCAGGCCAUCACGUGAUGGUGACUUUGAAGCGAUGGCGCGACAUGGCACGGCCUCCGGUGACGGGGCCGGGCCGGCACCGCCGGCGGCAGGUUCGCCAGGGGCCGCCGACCAGCACUCAGGGGACGCCAACCCGCCGCGGCACGCCUCAGGAGCCGGCGGCAGCGCGGGCGCGGUGGCGUAUCGCUUCCUUGCGGGCUCGCGCAAGGUGCGGCCGGACCGUGCACCUGAGGAUUCCGGCACGCCCGGCAGCCCCAGCGCUGCCAGCUCAAGAAGCAGCCUCACGGGCAUCGGCCCGAGGCCAGUGUCAGGGAGCAGCUCCGCCGCCAUGGCCGGCGCCGGCUUCGCCGGCACCGCGGUCAACGUUAUCGGCCCGAGCAAUUACAAGCCACCGUCGCAGAUCCGGCUAGUUGGCGACGCCGGCAACAGCAACAGCCUGCCGGUGCCAGUCAUCGGCGCGGGCCGAUUCAGUGACGGGCCCCGUAGUCCAGCGAUGGGCAGCUCACCGCUGGGCUCGCCGGGACCUGGACUGGUGAUGGGCCAGCGGCGGUCGAUGCCGCAGACGCUGGUUGAAGCAACCUCGGUCGGCAUCGUCUCGGCUUCGGCUCUCGCUGACCUGCGGCAGGAGGAAGGACGGCCCGAGCACAGCCGGAACAACAGCAGUGGUGUGGGCUGGUCUUCCAUCCGCCGGGAAGCCGGCGGCGGCGUGGCCGCUGCGGUGCUGGGUGGAAGCGUCAGUGACUACGGCGCUCAUAGCAACAGGUCGGCGCCGCUGCUACAUGUCGGCGGCGUGAACCCCUACGCCAUUUCCCGGUCGGUGCUUGUAAGCCCAGGGGCCGGCCGGCGGUCCUCCGACUGCGUCUACCUGCCUAGCUCGGGCGCGGCCUCACUGGCGGCAGGGGCGGCUGAACGCGGCAGCCCUCGGGCAGGGCCGUCGCCAACCGGCUCCUCACGAGCGCAGCGGGACGCGGCCGCUGAGGCCUCACCAGGCGUGGUGGUGCGCAGCGGCGCCGGCGCACUCAUGUCGCCGGUGCGCAGAAGCACGCUUCAUGCAAGCAGCGGCAUGGGUGGCGUCGGUGGCGGCCGCGCGGCCGCGUCCGCUAGCGGCAUGGUCUUGUCCCCAGCGGGGGCGCACGGCGCCGUCGGGGACUGGGAUGAGGAGCCGCCGCUUGAAAAGCUGACGCCACUGCAGCAGGUCGCAAUGAAAUCCUCGGCGGAUCUGGCAGCGCCGCGCGAGCGCGCCGUGGUGGGUGUGUCCACGCUCCUCGCCAAGUCCGCAUCCGGGGCAGUUUCAGGAGCGGCGGCGCGAGCGCCAUCCGGAACGUCGCUGCCCUUGGCGCGAGCUGGCACGGACGUCGCGGCGGUCAUGGCUGCGGAGCGCGCGGCGCCGUUGAAGACCGCCACACUCGUGGGCGGGCGGCGCAACCUGUUGGCAGCUGGGGCAGCGCCCUAUGUCCGCCAGGUGACAUCGCCCACGGGGGCAGCGAGCUCGCCCGGCGUAAGCAUGAGCGGUCAGGCUGAGCCCGCGCUGUCGUCGCCUUCAGGAGCCCACCAGGGGCCCAGGUCAGCACUGCUUCGUCCGGCUCCCGCAGCGGCAUUCGCGGCUGUGCCGCCCGCCGCGCGCCCCCCACCGACCGCGCUGUCGCCGCGCCACGCCGAGCCGCAGACGUCGACACCAGCAUCAGUCGCGCCAGGUGGCGUGGAGGCCACCACCGGUGGAGGCAGCUGGUUCCUACCGGGCCGCGGGCCUCCCAAGGCAGGCGCCAGCCCCAGCCCCGGCCGCCCGCGGCGUGCGGCGCCCGCACACCCUGCCAGCGCACCCGAGGGCGCUGUCCGCGCCUACUAUGGCGAAGGCAUCUCCUACGGACCGAUCGGAGGCGCCGCUCCGCAGUCGCCGGGCAGGAGCGGCGCUGGGACGAUCAGUCCUGUGGCUGGGCGGAUGCCGAACCGCCGCAUGUCGGAGGCGCAGGCGGCGGCGCUGCCGGGCCUGGGGACGCACCGGCCGCCGCUGCACGCGGCUUCAGAUGCAGGCCUGGUGUACCACCACUCACCGCUGCAGCCGCCGCCGCAGCAGCUCCUGCACGCGCGGCGUUCCGUUGACGCCGCCGCUCCCCUGAUGAUGCAGCAGCAGCAGCAGCAGAGCCCGCCGCGGGCGCAGCCGCCAGGGCAGGCGCCCAGGCCGCGUUGAGGGCUCGGCGCGUACGUUUGAAGCAGGCGCCAGGGCCGCACGAUUGAGGCGCGAAGUGUGUGGUGUGACUGGUGUUUUAGGUAGAGAGGAUUGUAUGAUAUGUGAACGUGAGGCAGCUUAUGCCCAUGUCUGCUAAGCCUUUGAGCAUUAUUCAAACUCGUUGCAUGCUAAGUAUAGUACCGUAUCCUGCGAUGAAGACCAUGCUUAGUUGUGCAGCAAGUGUUGCUGUUGCCAGUGAUGCCAGCCACGCGGAGAUGUUGAUUGCCGGCUGGUAAUGUGCUUGCAUGGUGUACGCCUUCGUACCUGGCACAUUUACAGCAAGCUCACUAGGGCUGGCAGACUGGGCGGCGCGAAGUGGGGCAUGCGUACCUUUCCAUGCUUAAGCAUUCAUGAGCUGCUGAGAAGAUCAGCUAUGUACCACCGUGGCUAAUUACCAGUGACCGCCACCUGAGUGCCUUUCACGUGUGGGCUGCCGGCCUCUUAUCUCUUAUCAUGCGUGCGCGGCUGCGCGCUUUUAUGGUAUUCAUGCAGGGUACACCCGCAGCGGAUAUGCUGGUUCUCGCACCGGUAUAUGAACUGAGGCAAUAAGUUGAAUGCUGUGAACAACAGCGACCCACCGGGUGCUUUUGAUUGUGAGGCUGCGCCAGAUAGCUCAAUGGAACAGGAAAAGGGGCGCGAGUAGCAAGUCCCAAGACAUCUAAUGCACCCGGCCUACGUGAUGCUGCGCCAGACGGUGUUGUGCGGUGGGCGGCCUGCACACGAAGCGUACAUACAGCGCGGGCGGUCCUUGGUUUGCUAUAGAGACCCGAAUAAGGACGAGCGGCGUGAGGGACAAGGCGGCAGUUCACGUGGCGCGUUUGCAGCCCGCGGGGUGCGCUGACAAGCUGCGUGCUUAGUGUAAUGCUGUGCGACA